GGUGACGUCACGCGCAGUGCUCCAGGACGGCCGCGGUGCGGGAAGCAGAUAGUUUUCAUUUAAGCUUCUUCGUUGACCUUGUCGCUUGUUACGGUGACCGCAAACUGCAGAGAAGACCUGACAACCACACGUUCCUGACAUGUCCCAACUGUCCGUCCUCCCGAUGAGUGCUGUGCACGGUUCAGGUUUCAGCUUCACCAAAGAGCAUCUGUUGGUGGCGUUGCCUGUGGCAGUGUUUGCAGCAGCUGGAGGUUUCCUUGCCGGCCGCUACCUGAGCAGGCAGGGCUGCAAGAAGGCUCAGGUCAACACAUCAUUCAGCAAAGACAGUCCCAAAGUGGUGCACAGCUUUGACAUGGAGGACAUUGGCUCCAAAGCCGUGUACUGCCGCUGCUGGAAGUCAAAGAAGUUCCCGUACUGCGACGGCGCCCACACCAAGCACAACGAGGAAACCGGGGACAACGUGGGACCCCUGAUCAUCAAAAAGAAGGAUUCCUAAUCCCCCCCCCCCUUCCCCGACCAGAGAGCCCGGCCCUCCCCUCCUCGACUGCCCACCCACACGCUGCUGUCUCAGUGUCAGACUGACCACUACAGUCCCACACUGAUGCAGCCACAAGAAACUGUCGGAAAUCCUUGCGAUUUCACGUAUUUAACUAUUUCAAGAAUUAUCCGAAUUACUUUGAAAUCAAGGAUGCUUUCAGGGCAGAUGAGGGAAGGACGUUGACAAUCAGUAGAGUCAGGCGUGGUGGUAUUUUAAUCAAGCCCAUGUGGCGUUUGUUUAAAAGCUCACGGGUAUUGUUGCCUGUUGACUGCUGUCACUUUGUCCCUUUUUUCCUCGUUGGCUCUGGCCGGCUCUUGUUGGGGAGGAACAGGUGGUGGAAACCUGAACCUGGCAGGCCCUCGGCCGGGCUAGUGUUUCACCUGAUUUCAGUACAGGCCUUAUAUCUAAAUCUACAUCUGAACACACAACCCAUAUGAAUGUUACUGCAGAAUGAGUUUGUUUAUGUUCGUCAUGCUGCUGAAGUCUAAAGAAACUGAAGUUAACGCUCGUCUUUAAAAAUGCUCGUGUGAUUCCAGUUUGAAACACCUCUCUUAGGAGGAGGCUCUCGUGUGUAAUCUGUAAAUUGAUUUUCUGCCAUCUGUGGUGCUUGAUUCAUUGUUCUGUACAUUGUUAAUAAAAACUUGCUGAGUGGUCUGA